CUAUAGUCUAUGGUACCCGUGGGCGGUGCUGGUGAGUCUGGCAACUUCUGGCAGGAUCUUGCAAACAUAUAAGAACUGGGAACGACCAACGGGGACCCAUACUUCCGUCCACCUCUGACAACGAUAGAAAGAUGACGUGCAGGAUGCGGAAGCAGAGUGGUGUGGAGGUGGUGAUGGCUACACUACUGGGGACGCUGAUGGUGUUCACUCACGCAGUCGCGGCCAAGCCUAGUAGUUUCUCUCAGUCGUCCUUCAUGAGUAUGGGCGGAGAGAAUUCCAUGAGUGCAGCCGAGUCCAGGGCGACGGCUGACGGUGUGACUAAAGGAGAAUGUGUGUACACCAAAAGCAGUGGCAUUACCGUCAAGGUCACAUACACCGAGGAUACUGACGGCUCGGUAACCGCCGAGACCAAUGACCCCAGUAUUACGGACACCAACGCCGAGUUGACUAAAUGCAGGCAAGCUGUCUCGAGCAUCGGCGGGGAAGUCGAAGAGGACCUCAAGAAACACCAGGAGAUGUUCGAGCAACAGCGGGAGAAAAUUGGCUCAUAUCAGGAAGAAUUCCAAAAACACCAGGAAAGCUUCCGAAAGGAAAUAAAGCAGCUGCAAGAACAGAUCCGGGAGGAGCAACGCAGGAUAAUGGAGUCGGUCAGCAGGCAGCACGAGGAACUCUUACAACAACAGAAGGAUUUGUUCGAUAAUCUCCAAAACAUUCCAUUUUAACUGUCACAAGCGUCGACCGUCACCAGGCUACAGUUUUAACUGAAAUAAACCCUUAAAGUUGUGUUUCCUAGAUAACUUUUAGAAAUGUUAACUUAUUGGUCAUGUUUGUUUCUUGUUAACUGUGAGUAAUGUUAUAUUCAAAUUUUUAAAAGUUCACAGUUUUAUAUCAGUAGUUUAGAAACACUUGUUCAGUAUUGUGCAUCAUCUCGUAAACAGGAUUGUGUAGUUUUGCUAAAAUUGUAGAGUUUGAACGUCAUCAGUAAUACAGGUGUUCCUUCCUCUCCAAACUAUAAUGUCGGGUAACUUUUGUCGUUUACCUUAUAAAAUACAUUACAAGUUCCCUCACUUUAUUACUUUUUUUAGACUUUGACAAUAAUACCACAAGAAAUAAUACUGUACCACAGGUUAGAUAAACUGUUAAACCUGCGCUGGUUUGUUCAAAGAUCCUAAUGUCAUGACAGAAUGGAAUGACUGUCAUCGCUUUGGCUCUUCUGUAGCAAACCAAAACUGAUGAUGGAUAAAAAAGAAGCAGUUAUCAAAUUUUACAAAUGACUAGACAUUCAUCGUUACUAGAGGAAGACCUACAUCAAUGUCUUAUUUAUUUUACAUAAGAAAGUAAUUGAGGAUUUUUUAAAGUAUAUUUUUUAUUAGUCUGUUUAUAUGUGACUUUUAAUAUAUAUAUAUGUUUUAUAUUUCUGUUGCAUCACAUAAACUAGAGAUGUGUGUUGGCUUGCGAGGUAACGUGUUAGUAAUGUGGGAUGUGAGGGAAGAAUGUUCGGGGUUGUGUGACCAUAUCGUCUGUUUGAAUUAAUUUUAAGACAUUUUUAGAAGUUGUUUGUAGGAACUGGAAUAAAUUAAGUAAUAUUUA